AUGAAAUUGUGUGUAAUGGUCUUGGUGGUGCUUUCGUAUUUUCUUCCAUUCGGUGGGGUGUUUUCAGCAAAUGAUUCAAUGGGUUCUGAUGUUGUGAACAUUGGAGCCAUUUUUGCAUUCAGCACUAUUAACGGGAGGGUUGCGAAAAUCGCAAUGAAUGCUGCCGUUGAAGAUGUCAACUCUGAUCCUAAAUUUCUUGGUGGGAGAAAAUUAAACCUCUCCUCAUAUGAUUCGAAUUACAGUGGCUUUCUUAGCAUUAUUGGAGGAUUGAGGUUCAUGGAGACCGACACAGUGGCAAUCAUCGGGCCCCAGGUCUCAGGCACGGCCCACAUCCUCUCCCACCUAGCAAACGAGCUACACGUGCCAAUGCUUUCGUUCACGGCCCUUGACCCCACCCUCUCCUCCCUUCAGUUCCCCUACUUCAUCCAGACGGCCCCCAAUGAUCUCCAGCAGAUGACGGCCAUAGCCGACCUUGUGAGCUUCUUGGGCUUCAAGGAAGUCGUGGUCAUCUACACAGACGAUGACCAGAGCCGGGGCACCAUAUCUGCCUUGAGCGACGAGCUAGCCGGGAGGCGCUGCAAAAUCUCCCACAAGGCCGUUCUCUCGCCCGAGACCCUGGCCAGUAGUUCCGAGAUCAUGGCCGAGCUUGUGAAAGUCUCGAUGGUCGAGUCUCGUGUGAUCGUGGUCCACGCGUAUGCUGUUGUUGGGCUCCGGGUCUUGGGCUUGGCCCACGAGCUGCGGAUGAUGUCACGGGGCUAUGUAUGGAUCGCGACAGCCUGGCUCUCGACCGUGAUCGAGUCGGACCCCACUUUUGGACAGAAGGAUGCGGGAUUCAUGCAGGGGGUUAUUGCUUUGCGGCCCCACACGCCGGAUUCCAAGCGUAAAAGGUCGUUUGUGUCUAAAUGGGGAAAAUUGAGCAACGGGUCGAUUGGGCUGACCGCGUAUGGCUUUUACGCGUACGAUACGGUUUGGACGAUUGCGAAUGCGGUUAAGUUGUUUCUCGAGCAUGGUGGGAAUAUCUCGUUCACGAACAGACCGAAUUUGUACGGGUUGGGGAGGGGAAAGUUGAAUCUUGCUGCCUUGAGCAGGUUUGAUGGGGGGAGUCGGGUUCUUGAAUACAUACUGAGGACGAACAGGACGGGCUUGACGGGCCGGGUCGCGUUCAAUGAAGAUAAAUCUGUGGUCCAGCCCGCUUUUGAUAUUCUGAAUGUGGUUGGGAAGGGUUACAGACAGGUUGGAUACUGGUCGAACUAUUCGGGCCUCUCGGUUAUGCCUCCAGAGUUUUUUUAUGACAAGAAGGCUAACCGGUCGAGCUCUAGCCAAGUUCUUGGAGAAAUUGUAUGGCCUGGUCAAACGAAGGUUAAACCGAGGGGGUGGGUUUUCCCGCACAAUGGGAGGAAGUUGAGGAUUGGGGUUCCGAACAGAUUCAGUUUCAAGGCUUUCGUGUCGAGAGAUGAGAGCACGAACGAGAUUCGUGGGUAUUGCAUUGAUAUAUUCCAAGCGGCCGUAAAAUUGCUGCCUUAUGCUGUUCCUCACACGUUCGUCUUGUUUGGGGACAAACUCAUGAACCCUAGUUACGGGAAGCUCGUGAGCAUGAUCACAUCUAAUGUCUUUGAUGCAGUAGUUGGCGAUGUUGCGAUUGUGACCGAGCGGACAAGGAUUGUGGAUUUUACACAGCCUUAUAUAGAGUCAGGCCUGGUUGUUGUUACGCCUACGAGGAAGUUGGACUCGAGCGCGUGGGCAUUUAUGCGGCCGUUCACCCCUUUGAUGUGGGCCGUCACGGGCCUGCUCUUCCUAGUUGUUGGGGUGGUGAUUUGGAUCUUGGAACACAGGAUAAACGAUGAGUUCCGUGGGCCGCCUAAGAAACAGUUGAUCACAAUUUUAUGGUUUGGCUUCUCAACUAUGUUCUUUGCACACAGAGAAAACACGAUGAGCACGCUCGGGCGCAUGGUCCUAAUUCUCUGGCUCUUUGUGGUCCUAAUAGUCACGUCCAGCUACACAGCCAGCUUAACCUCGAUCCUCACUGUCCAGCAGCUGGCUCCGUCCAUCCAGGGGAUUGAGUCCUUGAUCACGAGCAAUGACCGCAUAGGGUUCCAAGUUGGCUCAUUUGCCGAGAACUAUUUGGCAGACGAGCUCAACAUUGCCCGGUCGAGGCUGGUCGCGCUCGGCUCCCCUGAAGCCUAUGCUGAUGCCCUCAACAGUGGGAGAGUUGCUGCUGUCGUUGAUGAGCGUCCAUAUGUGGAUUUAUUUCUUUCCAAUUAUUGCACGUUUCAGGUCGUUGGGCGCGAAUUCACCAAGAGCGGUUGGGGAUUUGCAUUCCCGAGAGACUCCCCGCUCGCCACAGACAUGUCGACUGCCAUUCUAACCCUAUCUGAAAACGGGGAGCUCCAAAAGAUACGCAAGAAGUGGCUCAGCUCACAAGCCUGCACCCAACAAGGCUCGGGCUCGGACGAGUACUCGGACCAGCUUCAGCUCAAGAGCUUCUGGGGCCUCUUCCUAAUAUGCGGGAUUGCCUGCUUUUUGGCUCUGUUGGUCUAUUUCGGCACGAUGGUACGCGAAUUCAAGCGGUACUUUCCUCAUAUAUCCGAACCCUCCAAGCCAAGCAACUCGAAAUCCAUGCAGAUCAAGAGAUUCUUGUCGUUUGUGGACGAGAAGGAGGAGGAGUUGAAGAACAAGCUCAAGAGGAAACGAAUGCAAGUGGUGUCAAGGAGUGGCGCCGAGGAUCAUGGGUCCUUAAACGGGAGCCAAAGGACUAUUUAUUAA